AUGAAUUUGGCCGAGAUCUGCGACAAUGCGAAGAAAGGGAGGGAAUACGCGCUUCUCGGCAACUACGACUCCUCCAUGGUUUACUAUCAGGGGGUGAUCCAGCAGAUUCACCGUCACUGCCUGUCGAUCCGAGACCCGGCUGUUAAAGGCAAAUGGCAGCAGGUUCGGCAGGAAUUAUUGGAAGAAUACGAGCAAGUGAAGAGCAUCGUGGGCACCCUGGAGAGUUUCAAGGUGGACAAGCCGCCGGAUUUCCCUGUGGCCUACCAAGAUGAACCUUUCAGGGAUCCGGCAGUCUGGCCUCCCCCAGUUCCUGCCGAACACAGGGCUCCACCCCAAAUAAGGCGGCCCAACCGAGAAGUGAAACCUCUGAGGAAAGAAAUGCAAGGAGCAGGGCCCCGGGGACCGGUAGGAAGAGCACACCCCAUCGCAAAGAGCGAAAAGCCCACCACCAGUAGAGCCAGAGGGAGAGAGGAAAAGGGAAGGAAGAAUCUGCAAGAUGGAGCCGGAGAUGGGGAAGUUCAAAGGUUUGAUGGCGCCGGAUAUGAUAAAGACCUGAUUGAAGCCCUGGAAAGGGAUAUAGUAUCCAGAAAUCCCAGCAUUCAUUGGGACGACAUAGCGGAUUUAGAAGAAGCCAAGAAGUUGCUGAGAGAAGCUGUUGUCCUUCCGAUGUGGAUGCCCGACUUUUUCAAAGGAAUUAGAAGGCCGUGGAAGGGCGUGCUGAUGGUCGGCCCCCCGGGCACCGGCAAGACCAUGCUGGCGAAAGCCGUCGCCACCGAAUGCGGCACGACCUUCUUCAAUGUUUCCUCCUCCACGCUGACGUCGAAAUACCGAGGCGAGUCGGAGAAGCUAGUCCGCUUGUUGUUUGAAAUGGCCAGGUUUUACGCACCCACAACCAUCUUCAUCGACGAGAUCGAUUCCAUCUGCGGGCGUCGGGGCACCUCCGACGAGCACGAGGCCAGCCGCCGGGUCAAGUCGGAGCUGCUCGUUCAGAUGGACGGAGUCGGCGGGGCCCUCGAAAACGACGACCCUUCCAAAAUGGUCAUGGUGCUAGCCGCCACCAACUUCCCCUGGGACAUCGACGAAGCCCUACGGAGAAGAUUGGAGAAGAGGAUUUAUAUUCCUCUGCCAACAGCGAAAGGCAGGGCAGAGCUCCUCAAGAUCAAUCUUCGUGAAGUUGAAUUGGACCCCGAUAUUCACCUAGAGGAUAUAGCAGACAGGAUCGAAGGUUACUCUGGAGCGGACAUAACCAACGUUUGCAGGGAUGCCUCUUUAAUGGCUAUGAGGAGGCGCAUUCAUGGCCUGACUCCAGAAGAAAUCCGCGCGCUGUCGAAAGAGGAGCUCCAGAUGCCUGUUACCACAGGGGAUUUUGAAUUGGCCCUUAAGAAAAUCUCCAAGUCUGUUUCUGCCGCAGACCUGGAGAAGUACGAAAAGUGGAUGGUUGAGUUUGGGUCUGCAUAACCUCAAUCAGUGAGCACACCUCCCUCUUCUAGAAUUUACGGGUUUUUUUUCUUAAUUGUAAAAGGAUUGGCAAGAAAUCCCUUUACCCCUUUCUCUUCAUUUAAAGGGAAAGAGGACAAAGAAUGAGGGACAUGGGAUGUAGUGAAAAAGCCCGUGGAAGCUGCACGUACGCAAUUGAAUUUACCCUUCCGUACCCUUCCACUGGAGUUUCUUGUUUUUACUCUUUCAUCUUUCUAAACCGGGCUGUCAAGGACAGUAACUGGCUGGAAGAAUCUAGUUGGGAAAUAGCAUGAGAUAGGUCAACUUUUUGGAAACCCACCAUUCUGUAGUGGGAAUGCCUAAUUUACAAGGAGCUGUAUUUCAAAUCCACGGAUUUUUGCUGCCCUCUCCCCCUGCUCGUUUCUUUAUUACAAGACUCAUCUCUUCUCAGGCGGCUCUCAAGAUGAGAAACGGGUCUGUGUUAAGACCUGAGCCGUCCAUGAUCUUGUGGCCCAUAAGAAUCUUGCAUGGAAUAACAGACUCCCCCGCAUGCCUGCAGAAUUCCCAGCAUUUUACUGUUCUCAUGGCUUCUUUCCAGACCUCUCAGCCACGGGGGUUAUAGUGUGACUUCUCUUUACCCGCUCCAUAAGCCACCGACUUCCCCAUCUCCCUGACUUAUCUGGGAAUGUCCACUUCUUUCCACUCCCAGUGAAGCUCUCAAGCCACAUUGUUUGCCUAUACGGAACGCUGAUGGCCAGUUAUUCUUGAAUUUGACCCUCUAAGAUACGAGGGAGAUUGCAGAUUCCUUAAAGGUGUGAAUCGCAAACACGCCUCCUGGAAUUGGACAGGUCUUUCCGACCCCACUUUCAGCAUGGCUGCUGUGAGACUUCCUUGGACAUCUAAAGGACUCCCUUCCAAUUUCAAGCGUCUUCCAUGCAGUUUAUGGUUUCAUCGAAAAUAGUCGAGACUUUGGGGCCAGCUUGGUUAUAGAGUUGACAAAUUCCAGCACACGCUUUCGUUGAAAUGUUCUCUGGUGUUUGGGGGUUUAUACAAAUUCCCCUGCUCCUGGAGAGUUUCCACGUUCAGUCGGAUCUGGGAUAGAGCCGUGUGCCGCCAUCGAGGGGACCAGACGUCUGUCUCUGAGUCGUGGGAGAGGUGGUUAGAUGGUUUAGCUGGCCUGCGGAAAGGUUCCAGAUGUAAAAUCAAAUAUUGGAUGGCCCAUAAAUUUCAUGGGGCAGUGAAAGCUUUCAUAUCCAGUUGCUUUCCUUAAACAAAUGACCCGAGAUUGCCUGACACAAUUUUGGGAGGAAUAUUUGUGUUUAAAGCCCUGAGCAACUUCGAAAGGCACUUUCAGAAGCCCUGCUUUGCGAAGGUUCUUUUGAGUUUUUUUUCCAUGUAAAUAAUACGGUUUGUUUUUCCCAAACAUUCUUAUCUAACAGUCUCGCAGCUGUCAGGGAUGCGUGGAAUUUCUGUUUUUUUUUCCUGGCCUUGUCUCCAUUCAAGACUCUGAAUGAUCCCCUUCUUCCUAGAGGAAGCCCAGAGAUGGCAUAAGUUAAAAUCUUAAGGUGCCAAGUCUCUGGGAAACAUCAGAGCUGUGGUAACCCUUGGGAGAGGUGGGAAGAGUUGAGGGGGAUAUCUCAGAUUCUUGGGUUUGGAAGAGUACUGGGAGAAAGAAGGGACUUGGAGAAAGGAGAGCAGUAAGGGAAGAAGGGCCAGUGGGGCAGUGGUUACCAUCUCACUCUCCCUACCCCAUCCAAACCUUGAGAAGCCAGAGAGCCCACCACGAGUUUUUUCCAGUCCAAAAAAUGCCAGGCAGGGACGAAAGGCAAUUCAAUUUUAUUGCAACUUGGUCCUUGAUGGUAUUUGGUUUAGCUAAGGACUGAAAGAUGAGAGUUGCCUUCUGUAAAAUAAAUCUGGGGAACAGUGAAAUCUUUUUCACCCAAGUACCUGGAGGCCUUUACUAAGUCUUACGAGGGCCCUGCUUGAUUCUUGAAGCCUGAGGUUGGUGGUUCAGUUGGACCACAAAGCUGCUUGCAGUUCCCCAGCUCUGGUAAGACUUUGUAACUCCUGCUUUUUCCGUGGGUACAUGUCCCUCCCAGACCUUUCCUUACAUGUUAAACUAUCUUCUUUCCCGAAUACUAUGCUGCUGCUCACCUUCCUGGCUAUUUGAUGAUGUAUUAAGCAGCAUUUGGGGUGAGAGGCAUCUCGUUUCCUGGGACCUCAUCAUUUUCCCCUGCUCUGGGCUGUCCGCGGUUCACUUGCCUCUCGGUGGCUUUCGCCCACAUAUGAAGAACUGAACAACAUGUUCACCUAGUCCACCUAGGACUCCCUACACAUCUUGGGCCCUGUUAUCACUCUUUGGUGCAGUUAUAGAAUCUAUAUGACCUAUGCUGCACGCUCAUAAAUGAUCCAGAAAAAUGCUUCUUUUUACCAAACCCCACUUCAUCCCCCUUUCAGUGUAAGUAUCAGUGAAGGGGGUUUUCACUGUGUUCUGUGGCACAUGCAUUUCCAAGCUUGAUUCCUGGUUCUCUUAAGGUGUCUUGGGUCCUUCAGCCAAUGGCUUUGCAGAUCGAUUUUUUCUAGCUUCCCGCCGGGGACCUCUGCUCCUUUGUUUUCCUGAUUUCUCACAGUUUUUCCCCUUUCUCUCACUUUGCCCUUUCCUGGCUCCUGGGUCCCCAGUUUCGAGCGGAGGCGUCGUCGUCACAGUCUCUCAUUUUUGUGAUCCCAAGCCAAAGGAAACGCAAAGACUUCGACCGAUUCUUUCAUCCCUCCUCCUCUCCUCCCUGACCACCUCCUCCUCCUCCCUCUUCCCCAUCCCUCUUUCUUUGUUUUGAAGUAAGCACUGAAACACUUUUAGUUCAGCAACUUGUUGAAUUAUUUAUGUAUUUUUGUUUGUAAAUGCUGUAGUCUUCUGGUGACCUUGACAGAUAUGUACUGGUCCCGUUUUGGCCGUGAACCCGGCUUCCAUCGCACCUCCUGAAAUGGCCACUGAUGAGAGGCAUCCGGCACCUGAAGCUUUAGGCCAGCGGUUAGUCCGUGGCUCCCUUCCCUGUCGUAUCCACAGCGUGCGGUCCUCAAGGGGGGUUGGGGACUAGGAUCCGGGCGGCCCUGGGUUUCCGGACCAGCCGGGGAGGCUGCCGGCUGAAGCGUUGUUGGCCUUUGGUGCGGUCUCACCUGUCGGGCCUUAAUCCGAAGCCUAUCGUCUGCCCGCAGACUCUCUUCGGAGCGUCCACCAUAAUCUAGCAAGUUGGGGCAACGCGGGCGGCCCUACACAGUCGUUUGGGCCAAAAGGCAACUCGGCCACCCGGAUUCCCAAGGGGACUGCCCACUUUUCCCUCAGUAGGGCAGUGAGUGGCCCAGGCGGGCUUGGCUUCGGUCUCUAAUCCGACUGACGACCCCCCUCCUUUUCGCCGUUUAAAAACGACCAGAGUCAGGCAAGAAGUGCGGGUUGGCCCGUAAGCUUUUAUUUUUGCUGUGGAACAAAGAGCUGGGUCUGCUAGAAUUUAAAGCCUUGGUUACAGGUGCUUUUAAUCUGCAGGGUGGCAGGCUUCCGUCCUCCCCUCUCCCGGCAAUAAAUCCCCUUGGACUAUGCCAUUCCUACCCACUCCUCCGCUCUCCCACUCAUAAACGGUGCUGAAUGAAAUAUCUAUGGUACAGUUCAGUAGUCUUUCCAAAAGAAGGGGGCUGCAGCAGCUGGAAUGAAAGAGCGUUGGAGUUACUCUAUGGCCGUUUUACACCUCCUUAGAGUGGGACCUAUUUGUUUUUGCGCCUUAUCUCUCGCUGCUCAUUUUUUACAAAACUGUAGCAUGUGCUCUGUGUUUAUUUUGUGCAAAGACCGGCCGGCCGUAGAGUGCUAGGAAUUUCACUUCCUGGGAGAGCUAUCAGCUGGAACUGGAGAACAGAGAUAUUGGCCCAUAGCUUUAAAUCCCUUAUUUUGUCAGUGGAUAUUUCUAGAGUGAAGCUUAACACUAUCAAUGCUGUAAUUGUUGUGAGUUAAUUUAUGGAUGUGUCUAGGCCAGUAGUGUUUUCUUCUUAUUUACUUGGAGUGUCUGUUUUUGAUGUUACCCUCAACUGUGGCUCCUUGCAGGGGCACUGGAGAAAUAAAAUAGCAACGGAGGUUUAUUUUUUCCAAGUUUUUCCCUUUUCCACCUACUCUGUAGCCUAAGUCUUUGAAUUGCGAUGAGGCUUUUGACCUGAGAAAAUAACCUGAUUCCACCCUCAGCCGUCAGGAAUGCUGUGAAGUUGGCACGGAUCCUGCUUGCUGAAUGGAAACAUUGAGUGUUUUGAGUGCCGAAGGGCCUAAGGCUAACUCGUGGCUUCCUUCAUUCACAAUUUUCAGUCCUUGGAGUAAGGAUCCCUCAUUCAUUUUCCAGCAGUGUGGCCUGGCCCAAAGCCUGCUCCAGGGUGGCCUUGCCUUUUUUUCCCCCCCUCUUUUCCUCCGUCUCUGACCUUCCCCGCCCCCCGUCCCUCACCUCCACCCCCUCAGCCACCGUCCCUCCUUGUAAAAACCACACAUCUGGCCGCUUUUCAAAAGCUUGCAAAUGCACCGCUUCUAUUGCAUUGUGCUUGGUGAUAAAUCACUCUUCCAACAAACAGAAAUCUUUGUUCAUUUCUUGCCCAGAGACUAUCUCAGUUAAUUAGCUGGGGAAGCGUGAUGGAGAGAGAAAGUCAGAGGACUGGAGAAAGAUGACCACACAUUGUUAGAAGCUCCCGAGACUCUGCCCCGUUGCCUUGUAUGUAAUGCUGUGUAUGUAAAGGCCAGGUAUUUAAUGCCACGUAUGUAAUCCCGGGUACGUAAUGCCGUGUUUGUCAUGCCAUGUAUUCAGACUAGGACCUGUGUUGAAUUUUUUUCAAAGUACUGUGAAUGCUUUCUACCCGGUGAUAUCCGUUCCUUUCAUCUUACCUGGAGACUCUUCCUUUCCACUAACGGUCGCGAAGUUUCAAGAACGACAAAAGUCUUGGCUAAUGCGUUAAAAAAAGCCUCAUCUGUUUUCCGAGUUGGGGAUGGGGACGCGGGGGAGGAUGGACAGGCAGAGCCUCCUUCAGUAGGAUGAGCCUCGUGCUAAGGUGAAGCCCGGCGAUAAACACGCACACAAAAAGAAAAACCCAAACCACACACACGCGCACCCAGCAUUCUCCAGCCGCAUCAGCGACCGCUGUAAUUGUCGAGCUCUGUCAUCAUCCACCCGAGCAGAUCCAACCCUCAGAGGCAAAGCAUGGCAACGCACAACAGACGGUCAUGGGUUCCCUGCUGGGGAGCGGCUACGAAGCCCGGGCUUCAGCUGAGGUCAUCGUGGACCCCAGGCCGGAAUCGUCCACAGCUCGUGUGAACUACUUGGUUGGGGGAACCUUCAAGGUUUGCUUUCAGUGUUUAAUGUCUCGGCCUUUUUGCGUUGUCCCUGAUUUAAAAGGCAUGACGUUCCUUCGAUGCGUGAAUGUGACAUUCCCGACCUUGGGUACUCCUUGCUGGCCCCCUGAGUUUAAAGUGUUUGCGUUUGGGUUGCGUUUCAGUAAUAAAUUGCAAGAGUGCGUUGUGGUCA